GCCAAAAAAGAAUGUGUUUCUUUUGCAUGUAUGCAUUUAACUAUUUUUGCUCUAACAAGGGGACACAUUCAGUGUGCAGAAGCACACAAUGUAACAUGGAACUAUAUAAAACUGUAUAUUUGUUUGGAGAUACAUAUUCAUAAAAAAUAUGCCCCUUGUGUCAUGCUUUUUUCCUUCAAAGGGGUCUUCAUCAAAAGAGUGGGAUGUAUGUAGGUUAGCACAAUACAUGCAAGACAACUCCUUAAUUAUGGUAUUCUUGAAUACCACAGAUCCCUGGUAUUCAUUCCAUAUUGACUCUACAUAGUGAAACUGCAGUGUCUUUCACUGAGAUGGGGUUUGGAAUGCAGGACAGAAAGGGCUCUCAUGUUUGAGACUGGUGCAAAAAUAAGCACAUCAACAGAAAAAGAACUGAGGAUAUAGGCAAAUAUUCAAACUGUGCCUGCACUUCACAAAAGCACACAUACCCUAGCUGUAUCCAGAACCUAAAGUAACGUUAUUGCUAUAAUGCUACACUGAAGUUAGAUGCUCAGUUUGCUGGGGCUGACAGGCCCAUUAAAUAAGGCUGCUUUUCUUCCGGGUUCUGAACGAGUAUUUGAAUGUUCAUUAUGCAAUGUACAAAUGUCCUAGAAUUAACCCUUAAAGUUAUUCUGUAUUUCACUUCCAUAGUAACCUCAAAUCUGCAUCCCAGACUGCUCUAUUAAACCAGAUCUUUUUAGAUAUGCCUGGCAAUAAGUGCUUAGGGUCUAUUUAUGCAUUUCAUGUCUUCCAACUGUGUGUCCAAGCUGUUCCCAUUAUUCAAUAUGCAUUCACACAGGAAAUUGUAGUACAUUUACAUUGGUGUGCAUUUAUGUGGAUUUCCCAGACUUAUUAUAUAUGUGCGUAGUUCAUGUUCUCGUGUCUUUUGCACUAGUAUGUAUGUUCUUACUUUGGUCAUGAUACUUAUAAUGUAUUUAUAUUCUCAUGUUUCAUGUUAAAAAAACUGUUCCAUCUUCCACAGAUGUCUGUCCCUUUAACUGCUCAUCUGUUCUCAACUACCUGCUACCACCAUCUAUACUACCAUGUUGUUAGAGACACGCUGGAAGAACAUCCGUCAAACCUUGCUGCUUCUUUUCACUGCUGCUCUUCUCAUUGGGGUCACCAUGCUGGCCAUUUCAUCUAACAUCAACCCAGUAGGCUAUUUCUUUCUAGGGGUAGGGGGAGUGUGCCUGGUCGGCUAUUUGCUGAGUGUGUUUGUUGAGUGUUACCUGAGGAAUCAACACCGACAUGAUGCAAAUGAAAUACCUCCAAACAGUCGAAGUCAAGCAGGGGUGAAUGCUGCCUAUGAAGCGCCCACCUAUGAGGAGGUGAUGACCAUGUCAGCUCCGGCAAUAUGGACGAUUACAUCCAACCCAGGCCCAGUGCCCUCGCCGCUGAGCGACCCUCCUCCUUACAGUGUCGUUAUCGAAUCCUCUAGCCAACAAGAGAUUACGGUGGAGGCUCUCCGAGUGUCAGUGCCACCAGACACAAGGCCCACCUCUGAGACAGACACAGGCUCCAGGAUACAGCUGCAGCUAGUGUUGCCCCCAAGACCGCAGCGGUUUGUUUCGGACAUCCAUGAGGACAGAGAUAUUGAAGACAGGUUUGAACCACUAGAACCACUCACUCCACCACCUGCUUAUGAGAGUGCCAUCAGUGAUGAGGUCUUUGAAGAUACUUGCCCGCCGUCUGCAUUAGGAUUAAUUUCACCUUCCAUGAAUACAGAACCAAAGCCUCACCCUAAUACAGAAUGAUCCUAGAAAGAAGGUGAAAGGGUUGAGAUUUUUCAUGCCUGAAACUGUAAAAGUUUGUCUCACCAUUCUUUGAAACAGAGUUGAACGACAGACACAGCUUCUGAUGUCACUAGAAUCUUUUUGCACAAAAUAAAAAUCAAUGCAAUACCACAAUGCUUUGACUUGGCAGAUACAUAAAGCAACUGUGAGGAAAGCUGUGUUAUACAUGGCAACAUUCUCAAACUGAAGAUACACCUUUAUGGGGGAAAAGAGUAAAUCAUGAGAAGAGACAAGGUUAUCAAAGGACCUCUGAAGAAGGACUGUAAGAUGCAGCCAAAAGAAUCUGCCUGAGCAAGGGGAAGAAUAGAAACAGCACUAAGCAUGUUCUGCCUGUGCAUUACAAACAGCAAUAUUGCUGAGAGCUGUGUGGUCAUCAGCCACCCUGAAAUCCCUACAGAGAGACCAAGCCUGCACUUCCCUGAGUUGCUGUUUUGCAGCAACAAAAAAUGUAUGGUCUGCGCUGUUUGUUGCUGCCCCUCUGCCACACCUGCGCCACAUCCUCAGCUGAGCUGCACUGGAGCAUGACUGAGGGGAGGGUGGCUGUCUGCAUCUGGAAGCUGGUACCACCCCAUAGGUGUCACUUAAGGUUGAAAAGCUGAAGGCAAGCAUGGCACCAUGAAAUGACUUCUCUUCUUCACAAGGUUCUCACCCCACACAGCCAGUGGUGUACAAGAGGGGGAUAAGUUUUCCUCCUGUAAGAGAGACCAGCAGUAGGAUACAUACACAGAUAAGCAUCCUCUGCCUAGAUCAGUAGUCUUGGUGGCUCUACAGCAGGGUGUGUGUCUCUGCUGUACUACAGCCCCUAACAGAUGGCUUGAGAUACUUUAUUGUCAUCGUGGCAAGGACUUGCACAGAAAGGCCAGAGCUCCUGCAGUUCUCUAUAACUGAGUUCACUGUACUCAGCGGCUUCUCUCUGGACUCUGGAAAGGUCCAGUCUGUCUGCCGAGGCCAGAGCUGUAGCAGAGAGCACCUGAGAAUAAUAGUCCCAAGGCAUAAGUAGUCUUCAUCAUGAUGGCUCUAGGCUGGAGCCAGGUUUUAGCUCUCACUGAUCAGUGAUGCUGUGCAAUCUCUUAAAAUGGGUGAGUUAAACUGAUAACCUCUGCAGUGUCAAAGUGGUCAACAGUAUCCAAAGAGACAUUCAUGUCUGGUGAAUGUCCAAAUGAAAAAAUGAAAAUAAAAAUGGUGGUCUGAAUAUUGUCAUGAAGGAGAGCAGCAAUCAUCACAGCCUUGCUCGUGUGACUGCAUCAUCUUGAAUUCCUAUGAGGAACCAUCAAACCACAGCUAGAAGCAAACAAAUUAUUUCUUAUAUUUUGAUUCUUUAUAGUUCAAAGGGAAAAAAAAAAGACUCUCUAUGUCAUUUAUAAAUAAACAGGACUGCAUUAAAAA